UUCCCUCCUAAUUUUUCUCUAUCGAAAAAAAAAACACUCCCUGCGGAAUUUUUUUUUCUUCAAAUACUAUCUAUCAUAUUGCGAUUCAUUCAUCUUAGAGUUCAAUUUUCCGUAUAACAUAUAUUUAUUUUUUAUACUCCUACUUUUCGCUUGAGUCACUCAGUUCUCAUGUGUUUGUUUAAUUUUGCCGAAAACAGGUCCUCAUUCUUUUUCACAGAGCCGUCGGUCUCUGCUUCAUUCGAUCGAAAUUCCCCGAAAUUAAAUUCCGUAUAAUUUUCAUUCAUGUUUGAUUAGGGUUUAUGUUGUUUGCUCUGCCUCCGGAAGUGAAAUUCACUAGCCGGAACAUUUGAUUUGAUUAAUGUUGUUGGGGAAUGAUAAUUAAGAAGAACCUGAAAUCCCAAAUGCGGAGUCUGAAGCGGCACAGACUCGGCAACUCGGACUGUGCCGCCACGGUGACUUCGAAUUCGAAGAAGAAGAAAAAGGAGAACAACUACGGACACUUCCCGUCGAAUCUCCUCGCCGCAAGCCUUGAUAAGGAAUCCAUGAGGGAGCGCGGCGGCGAGAAGAGGCCGCCGCUGGUCCGGACCUCGCGGGGCCGCAUUCAGGUGCUGCCGUCGCGGUUCAAUGACUCCGUUUUGGGCGAUUGGAGGAAGGGAGGGAAGAGCGCCAGCGAAUUGGAGGAAGAAUUUGAUUUCAGGGAGCCUUGCGGAAAAGGGAAGAAUCUGCCACCACACGGGUAUUCGGACUUGACUUUGAGCGACUUGUUUGAACAAUCCAAGGGCAAUGAGGGAGUUUUUCAAGUCUUCCAUACCUGAGGCUACAUGUGUAAUGUUUCUUCGCCGCUUUGGGAAUCAAAAUCAAAGGGACUAUGCAUGGGUCAAGUGUGGCAUGAUUUUUCCAUUUUUGGAUCAUGUAGAGAGGUUUCAGGGACAGUCUGAAUUGAGUUACUGUAAUCCCUCUGAAUUUCAAACGGCAAUAGAGGAGGCAUAUUUGGCAGAUCAGGGCUUUAUAGAGAACCUGAUUGCAGAUGUAAACUCAGCAGCUUGUAAGACUUCCGGUAUUCCUAUUCUCAAAGGCUUUCAGGAGGUCAAUUAUUUCAACCAGAACGCAGGAUGUCACCUUCUAAAGCAGGAUUUAUUUGAUAAAAAGAAAGACACGCUGCCUUGUGAAGCAUGUGGAUUGAAACUUCAUGUGAAUCCUUUCAAAAUGUCAAAGAAGCAAAAGGACUUGAGUGGUGGCCUGUUCCUAUGUAAAACGUGUGCUACGUUGACAAAAUCAAAACACUUUUGCAGCAUAUGUAAGAAAACUUGGAAUCAUUCAGAUAGCGGAAGUUGGGUGCGCUGUGAUGGAUGCAAAGUGUGGGUGCAUGCUGAAUGCGACAAAAUCUCCAGCAACCUUUUCAAGAAUCUUGAAGGCACUGAUUAUCUCUGCCAUACUUGCAAAGUGAAGUUUGAUUUUGAGUUAUCUGAUUCAGAAAGAUCACGACCAAAAGUCAAAUGGAAGAAAAACACUGGCCAGCUGGUGCUUCCAAAGGUCACUGUUCUCAGCAAUGGUGUAGAAGGCGUAUAUUUUCCAAGCCUUCACUUAGUUGAGUGCAAGUGUGGUUUUUGUGACACUGGAAAGCAAGAGCUUCCGGAAUGGGAACGCCACACAAGUUCCAAAUUCCGAAAUUGGAGAAAAAGUAUUCAGGUUAAAGGGUCCAUGCAAUCGUUGGAGCAUUGGAUGCUGCAAUUGGCAGAGUUUCAUGCUAAUGCUGUAGUUUCGGGCAAACCUAAACAACCUUCGUUAAAAGAUAGGAAACACAAGUUGCUUACCUUUCUGCAAGAGCAAUAUGAACCAGUUUGUGCCAAGUGGACUACAGAACGAUGUGCUGUAUGCAGAUGGAUUGUAGAUUGGGACUACAAUAAAAUUAUUAUCUGCAACAGAUGUCAAAUAGCUGUUCACCAAGAAUGCUAUGGAGCAGGAAAUGUUCAAGACUUUACAUCAUGGGUUUGCAAAGCUUGUGAAACACCCGACAUCGAGCGGGAGUGUUGUCUUUGUCCAGUAAAAGGUGGUGCUCUAAAGCCAUCUGAUGUUGACACAUUAUGGGUUCACGUAACAUGUGCUUGGUUUCAACCGGAAGUCUGUUUUGCUAGUGAUGAGAAGAUGGAGCCUGCUUUGGGUAUUCUACGUAUUAAAUCAAAUUCAUUUCUGAAGAUUUGUGUUAUUUGUAAGCAAAUUCAUGGCUCGUGCACUAAAUGUUGCAAGUGCUCCACCUAUUUCCAUGCCAUGUGUGCAUCAAGGGCUGGUUACCGCAUGGAGUUACAUUGUUUGGAGAAAAAUGGUAAACAAACAACAAAAAUGGUCUCUUAUUGUGCUUACCACAGGGCUCCCAAUCCGAACACUGUUUUGAUUUUGCGAACCUCCCUUGGGGUCAUUUCAACCGAAAGCCUUAUCCAAAGUAAGAAAAAAUCUAAGUCAAUGUUGAUUUCAUCCAACGGAAUAAAGGUAGAAGAUGCUCGUGCAGAUAACACUGCACACGAGUCAUUCUCCGCUGCUAGGUGUCGUAUCUAUCAAAGAACAAACCUUACAAAAAAGAGAGCAGCAGAUGAUGCGGUUUCUCGUCAAGUGAGGGGUCACUACCAUCAUCCUUUAGAUGCAAUAAAGAGUUUAAAUACAUGCAAAGUGUUAGAAGAGCCUCAGGCUUUUUGUUCUUUCAGGGAACGCCUUCGCCACUUACAGAGAACCCAAAAUGAACGGGUUUGCUUUGGUAGAUCAGGCAUACAUGGAUGGGGUCUAUUCGCACGCAGAAAUAUUCAAGAAGGAGAAAUGGUUCUUGAAUAUCGUGGCGAACAAGUGAGGCCCAGAAUUGCAGAUCUAAGGGAGGCACGCUAUAGAUUAGAAGGGAAAGACUGCUAUUUGUUCAAGAUAAGUGAAGAAGUGGUUGUUGAUGCCACUAAUAAAGGAAAUAUCGCUCGGCUAAUCAACCAUUCUUGUAUGCCAAACUGCUAUGCAAGGAUCAUGAGUGUAGGUGAUGACGAGAGUCGAAUCACCCUCAUUGCUAAGACUAACGUAUCUUCCGGCGAUGAGCUAACGUAUGACUACUUGUUUGAUCCUGAUGAGUCUGAAGAAUUUAAGGUCCCUUGUUUAUGUAAAGCUCCAAAUUGCCGGAAAUUCAUGAAUUAGGAAUAUUCAAGAUCAUUUUUUUGAAACAUAUAUUCAAGAUCAUUAUUUUCACAAGUAUUGUUUCUCCUGAAGGAACCUCACAGCUGUAAUUCAAUUUUAAUCAAAGCAUAAGAAAAAAUAUGGGAAAAAAAUAGUUGUGUAACAGUUUUAUUUAUUUAUUUUCCCACCCAAAGUGCUUACUUACAGGUUGACUCUAUUGUAUUCUUCAGAGCCUAAUAAAAAGUAUAGAUUUAGCAGC